UCGUUCUCGACUUUGGCAGUGUCACUUGUGUAUGCACACGGUUCCUAAUGUGAAACAAUUCGGUUGCAUUUUCGAAAAUGCUUGAAAACUUUUAAGUUCUAGUGAGAAGGUGCAUUGGCCCGUAGUUCGCGCCCAAUCUUUCAGCUUGGAGAGAAAAAGACAAAAAGAAAAACGCGUUGUUUUGCGGGGGAUCGCAGGCAUAUCGUCUGCUGCUGUCACCACCACAAUAAUCGACAGACUGUGGAAACCAACACAGCAAUAUGAUCCGCUUGAAGACUUUUUUCGUUUGUUUCUUGCAACUGUGUUGACUACGCUGAGAAAGUUGAGAUUCUUACUGUGCAGCAAAUAAUUCAGUCGUCAGUUUUGUGAGCUUUGAAGGAUGACGCAUUGGAUACCUACUCCGGAGAAGGAUCGCUUGGGUGUUGUGACCUAUAAUGUUCAGCACGAUGGGGCAUACUGUCUGAAACUGGAAGUGGGUGACACAGUUCACAAUUUGUGCCAAGAAGAAUUUUGGUAUUUUGGCUACAGCGUAAGGAAUCGAGCUCUCAAAGGCAUUUAUCCAAAGAGUUUCAUCCACAUCCAGGAAUCCUUCAUAGAGAAGACUGCAAUCGGUGAACAAGUGACAGCCUGUCAGUCUCCCGUUGUUCAGGAAGUCACGUCCGUUCUAAGAGAAUGGGGCCAAAUUGGUCAGGAACUUUAUCGCACUCACGAUCACAAAUGGCGGGCCGUCUACUUGCUGAUGCGAGACCUCAUGUCCAACCGGAGCAAGAUGCUCACCGGCACUCUGACUUUAGACGAACUGCGCGAACUCAAACACGCCCUCACGUCGCAAAUCGAUUUUGGCAACAAUCUACUCGGAUUAGACAUGGUUGUCCGAGACGAGCAGGGCAACAUUCUGAAUCCCGAUUCUGCUUCCGUCGUCCAGCUUUACAGACAUCACGAACAGGCCUCGCAGCGAAUCAAGAAAGCUGUGGCGUCCAGUAGCAAUAUUAAUGGCAUUAGCAGUAUAGGUGGGAAUGGACUAAUUAAUCCCACCAAAAUUAAAUUAGCCAACCGACAUUCGCACAUGUUUUUCGUGGCUGUUCGUAACUUUGUUUGCCGAGUAGGCGAAGACACGGAACUUUUGCUCUGCCUUUACGAUGCCAAAGAAUGGAAACCUUUAACGGAGAAUUACGUUCUCCGCUGGAGUCGAAUGGGUCUCUCCAUGGACCUUGAUUUGCUGGGCAACAUGCGCGUCCUUUACACAGAUCUCGGUAGCCGGGACCUAGCCCGUGAACGAAUCUAUCUCGUUUGUUAUGUCAUACGUGUUGGCAACAUGGACAUUCGCCCCGAAGAUCCUAGACGUCAGACAACAUCGGCAGCAUCGAUGGGCGGAUCAUCAAGACGGACAAUCAGUGGAACUUUACCCAACAACUCGGCAGCUCCCGAAUUCUUAAGGCGACCUUGCGGCAUUGCCUGCAUGGACGUAACAGAUUACCUGAGUGGCCGCCUGGAGACGGACGAAGAGAAACAACAUUUCGUACCUUUUAUUUCUUGCAGCGAUCGGGACUCACUGGACGGCACACUUCGUCGAUUGAUUGUUUCAGGCCGUGAGAUUAGCCACAAAGAGCACAAAAAUCAAGGAUUGUGGGUCAGUCUGCGUUUGCUUCACGGUGAUAUGAAGCAAGUCAGCGAGGAGCAUCCAGCACUUGUCCAAGUGGCCCAGGUAGCCGUCAGUCGCAAACUGGGAUUUCCUGAAAUUAUUCUGCCCGGCGACGUCCGUCACGAUCUUUACUUAACCUUAUCGUCGGGUGAAUUCAGUCGAGGAUCCAAAUCAGCCGAUAAGAACGUCGAGGUGACGGCCCGCGUCUGCAACGAGAAAGGCAAACCCAUUCCAGGUGUGAUGCAUCUAGGCAGCGGUGUGGCAGCCCAGGAUGAAUAUCGUAGCGUCGUCUACUAUCACGAAGAUAAACCGCGCUGGAGUGAAACAUUUAAAAUCGCCAUACCCAUCGACGAAUUUUACAGGAGUCAUCUGAAAUUUACGUUCAAACAUCGGUCCAGCAACGAGGCCAAAGACCGGACAGAAAAACCGUUUGCCCUUUCGUACGUUAAAUUGAUGCAGGACAAUGGGACGACGCUGAUGGACACUCAGCACGAGCUGCUCGUCUACAAAGUUGAUCAUCGUAAAUUGGACGAAAAUGAAACGGCCUACUUGGGUCUACCAUCCACCCGGGCUGAUUUGGUGGAACAUGGAUCCAGCAAACCGUCGGCUGCUGGCCUGACAAUCAACACCAAAGAUUCGCUGCUCAUCGGCACUUGUUUGUGUUCGACUAAAUUGACGCAAAAUGUCGAAUUGCUCGGCCUACUCAAAUACCAUUCGUCUCAAUCGCAACAGUUGCCGGCCAUCUUGAGUAGCCUGAUGAAGGUCGAUGGCGAAGAGGUGGUGAAAUUUCUACAAGACGUCCUCGACGCUCUGUUCAACAUUUUAAUGCUCAAUUCCGAUUCGAAUAUCUUUGAUCGCUCAGUUUUCGAUUGCCUAGUCUUCAUCAUUGGUCUGGUUACAGAUCGUAAAUAUGAGCAUUUCAAGCCAGUGCUUGAUGUCUACAUCAAAGAUAAUUUCAGUGCUACAUUGGCUUACAAGAAGCUCCUUGUUGUUCUGAAUGAUUGCGUCCAAUCGGACGUGACGACCAAAUUGCAAGGAGACGAUCUACUGCGGGUCAUGAAAGCGCUCCAGUACCUGUUCAAAUUUGUGGUGCGAUCUCGUCAGCUCUUUGUUAAUCUACACGGUGAAGUCGACGAAGCCGGCGACAGCGAUUUCGAGAGUCUCCUACUGAAUUUACUGUCCAGCAUGUCGGAUUUUAUGCGACGUAACGACGGCCUAGUCCUUCUAGCUCAAGGCGCUUGUCUCAAAUAUAUUCCGUGUGCUAUCCCCGAUCUUGUGGUCGUCAUCGAUGAGCAACAACUCAGUACGUCGUUGGCAGAUAUCGUGACGAGCGUUCCAGUCGGUCGACUUAAUAACCAAAAGAUGAUGACUUUGAACGAUAUGGUGCAUAGCCAGCUGUUUCUGAAACCAGAAUGCAGGGCUAUUAUUUUACCUGUCGUCGUGAAACGCGUCAAAGAGUUACUCACUGGUCCGCAAGAGGGUGGAUGGGGCUGCUAUAAAGUGGAACUCCGCAACAUCGAGAAAUCCAAGAGUAAAGCGGCCCGGCUCCUUGGCGAGCAAGUCGAUCAGAACGCAUUGUCCCAAAAAGCCGUUGUCGCCGGAGAGACAAGGGCACAAGAGGUGGAAAUGAGCGUGACGGUCAUGUGCGACGUGAUGCAAAUCCUGUACAGGAAGGAUGUCGGUGCGACGCAUAACGACGUUGCUGAAGUGAUGGCCAAUGGAUUGCGGACAAUUAUACAGACCAUCAUUUCUAUUGAUCGUGAAGAUCCAUUUGUCGGUCCUCUGGUCUCGGUCAUGUUGUCCAUCUUCCGUCAAAUGACUCCGCAUCAUUAUCGCAAUUACCUGGGACAUUUUGCCACUCGUUCUGACCUGCUGGAUUUCCUCAUCGAGAUUCUCAUGGUCUUUAAAGAUUUGGUGGCCAAACAUGUCUACGCUCCCGACUGGGCGCAAAUGAUCCUCUUGCAGAAUUCCAUCGUUCUCAAAGCUUUGCGCUUCUUUUCACACACGAUACGUGACCGUUUCUCCAAUCCUUAUGAAGGCCAGCUCUGGAAUAAUUAUUUCUUUUGCGCCAUAACAUAUGUGUGUCAGCCGGCCCUGCAGUUGGAAUCGUUUACCCAAACGAAGAGGCGCCAGGUGCUGGCCAGGUACCGUGACAUGCGGCGUGAAAUGGGUUUCGAAAUUCGCACAAUGUGGUUCAAUCUGGGCCAGCACAAGAUCAAUUUCGUACCGGCCAUGGUGGGCCAAUUCCUGGAGAUGACUUUGCUACCUGAAACGGAGCUGCGAAAAGCCACCAUUCCCAUCUUUUUCGACAUGAUGCAGUGCGAGUUCUACUCGCCCAGAGUCCAAGGCGAAGCCUACAGCGACACGAAACGUGAUUCGUCUCACAUUAAAGGCAACUUCCAGGAAGUUGAAAACAAAUUGAUUACGCAGUUGGACGUUUUGGUGGAAGGCGGAAGAGGAGAUGAGCAUUACAAAGAUCUAUUCCAGUCAUUGAUGACGGAAUUGUGCGAAAAACAUUCGACGAUGCGCGAACAGGGACUGAAACUUGUGCGCACCGUCACUCGAUUGAUGGAGCGCCUACUCGAGUACCGAUCCAUCAUCACGGAUGAGAACCGCGAAAACCGGAUGAGUUGCACCGUCAACUUGUUGAAUUUCUACCAAGAGAUUGGCCGUAAAGAGAUGUACAUCCGCUACCUGAACAAGUUGUGCGACCUCCACCUGGAAUGCGACAACUUCACCGAGGCCGCCUACACCCUGCAGUUGCACGCCCAGCUGUUGCGCUGGAGUGACGAACCUCUUCCCACUUUGCUGCUUACAUCCCGCCAUCCUCACACGGCUUCUCAUCGCCAGCUGAAAGAAGCUCUUUGCCUGGACAGUAUCGAUCUGUUUGACCGCGGUAAAAUGUGGGAAUGCGCCCUGUCGCUCUGCAAGGAGCUGGUCCGUCAAUACGAAGAGGAAACGUACGAUUACGGUCGACUGGGCGCUCUACUCAACCGUAUGGCCACCCUGUACGACCACAUCAUUCAUCAGCUGCGACCGGAACCCGAAUACUUCCGCGUAGCUUUUUAUGGCCGCGGAUUUCCGGCCUUUCUGCAGAACAAGAUUUUCGUUUUCCGCGGCAAAGAGUACGAACGAUUAAGCGAUUUUGCCAAUCGAAUCAUGUUGCAGUUCCCCAAUGCCGAGACGAUGAACAGACUGACUCCGCCGGAUCAGGAAAUCAUGGACUCUCCGCAACAGUACCUGCAGAUGAACAAAGUCGAUCCGAUGCUCAGUGCCGAGGAUCAGCUGCGAUUCGCUAGCAAACCCGUCAGCGAACAGAUUCUUCGUUUUUACCGCGUCAAUCGCGUCCAGCGUUUCAGCUUCUCGCGGCCGUUCCACCGCGGCCAGCGCGACUCCGACAACGCCUUUUCAUCCAUGUGGCUGGAACGUACCGUUUUGACGAUUUCGCAUCAAUUGCCGGGCAUCCUGCGCUGGUUUCCCGUCGAGGAAUCGUACGUCUUUGAACUGAGUCCACUUCAGUUCGCCAUUGAAACGAUGGAGCAAACCAAUAAAUCGCUGACGGAAUUGAUCCUGGCCCAUCGAGCGGACCCCAAAUUGGCCCUCCAUCCACUCAGCAUGAAGCUGAACGGCAUCGUCGACGCUGCUGUCAAUGGAGGCAUCAGCAAUUACGAGAAAGCCUUUUUCACGGAACGCUAUUCGCUGGAACACCCGGAAGACAAGGAGCUGGUGUCGCAAUUGCAGGAACUUUUCGCCCUGCAGAUUCCGUUGCUGGAAGCGGCUUUAGUGGUCCAUCGAUCGCGUGUCAACCAGGCGAUGCAGCCGCUCCAGCAGCGCAUCGAAGUUUGCUUCCAACAGAUGCGAGUUCACGUCGAGAGCAAAUAUGGCCGACGGGACGUCGAUCCGCAAUUGGAACGCCAAAUGGAACAGCUGACGCGCAACCAGCGCCAAUCGACUCAAAGCUCCGGCGGUGGGUCUGGAGGUCCGUACGCUCUUCACAAUCGGCUGAGUACCAACAGCACGGGAGACGCCAAUCAUCCGGACACGCUUCAUCAUCUUUCCGCUCCAUUGACUUUGUCGACUUCCAAUCCGACACCGACGUCUCGCUUGUCGACCCUUUCCGUCACGCUCAAUUCGCCCGGCGGCAACGCUGGAGGAGGCCCUUCGCAUAAUACGCAAACAUCUCGACAUCCAUCCAGUUUGUUUUCACGCACUUCGUCGCAGGCCGUCUUGUCGUCCCUGAGCUUUUCGCUGCCCAGCGGUUCGUCUGCAUCCAAUCCGUCGUCCAGCAGCAUUUCACCAGUCAAGAUGUUGACUACUGGCCAUCGAUUCCGGUCCAAUAAGAAUAGCGCCAACAACGCGGAAAAGAAAUUACGAGACAAGGAGAACAAACAACACCGAGAUUCAUUCCGGCGGUUGAGCUCCAGUUCCAUGGGCGGCCGUGGAUCGCACUUCCCUAGCCUGUCGCUGGCUGGAUUCGGAUUGGGUGGGGGCAGCACCAAUUCCGUUUCGGUUCCAUCCAGUCCAGCUGUCGUGGUAUCUCAUUCCGGCAACGGUGCAAGUAGCAACGCUUUAGGUUCGAGUGCCCAUUCGCUGGAUGCGUCUUCAUCUUCGGAGACGGUGAGCCAACUGGCGUCGCCUGAAACGACGUCGACGGUUGUCAUCGAAUUGACGCAACAAUUGACGGCCAAACGUCCACUGAGGUCCGAGGCGGUUAAGGAGAGACGUUCGUCCACCGCCAGAGGUCCUUCGUUUAACGGAGAUCAUCACGGUGUUUGCUCGUCUCCAUCGCAAAACAGCGUCGCGUCGACGAUGAGUUCGUCGUCCAACGAAGACAUCCCACCGCCUUUACCAGCCAAGCAAAUGCAAAACAUGGCAGGAUGUGCUAGUAUCAGUGAUAUACCACCGGAAAAACCGCCGCUACCCGCCGUCAAUUUGUCCGAGAUCAAGGAAGGAGGACAUGGGGGAGGAGCUCCACCACCUCCACCGAAAAAACCAGCCCGUCCUUUACCUCCCUUCUAGUUAACAAUGCGUUCAGCGAAGAUAGAGAGGGAAAAGAAAAAAGUUAGUGCAAACAUACACAUACAAAAACAUAAACAAACGACCACAGUUUGUUUAUUUUUCUUUAAACAUUUUCCUUUUUUUUUUUAACAUUUCAUUUUUUUUUUCUUACGUCUUUAAUCUUUUACAUGUUGCUCCAAUUUUAAGUUACCUUUGACUGUGGAACGUUUCACCACGAUCAUUAUUCGUCUCCCUUUCUUUAUAUGUUCGUCUACUUUUGUUUGUUUUUGUGCGAGUCACCAUUUUUUUUCACGUUUCUUAUUACCGUUUUGUGCCUCUCCUGUCUCUUGACUAGAAAACCCUACCCACUUAUUCGCCCUCGUUUUUGGAAAAAGAUUUUUUUCCCAAUUUGUUUCCCCAUCGUCGUUUAUUAAUCGAAAUCGGCCUUUUUUACACAAGACCACAACAAAAAAUGAAGCACACAUACAACUAGUCGUGAAUAUUGAUGAAAACAAACACAAAAAUUAGUGGGUGAUCAUAAAUGAUGUGCCUUGAACAGUUCAAUACAAUAAUCAUAGACACA